AUGGUGCACCCAGAGAAGGCUGCUUUUGAUGCCGAGGUCGCGGCGACGGAGAAGUGGAUGAAGAACCCCCGCUUUGCGCGCGUCAAGCGCCCAUACACUGCCGCGGAUGUCGUCUCGAAGCGCGGCACCAUCCCAAUCAACUACCCGUCGAACAUCGUCGCGCAGAAGGCGUACAAGAUCUUCGACUCGCACUUCAAGGCGGGCACACCAUCACACACCUACGGCGCACUUGACCCCGUACAACUUACGCAGAUGGCGAAGUACCUCGAGACUGUCUACGUCUCCGGCUGGCAAUCAUCAAGCACAGCAUCAAGCACCAACGAGCCUGGUCCUGAUCUUGCUGAUUACCCCUACAACACCGUUCCGAACAAGGUCGAGCAUCUCUUCAUGGCCCAGCUCUUCCACGACAGGAAACAGCGCGAAGAACGGACACGCCUGAGCGACGCUGAGCUCCAGGCGAACCCUCCUAUCGACUACCUACGCCCCAUCAUUGCCGACGCCGAUACCGGACACGGUGGUGUCACCGCGACGAUGAAGCUCGCGAAGCUUUUCGUUGAGAAGGGCGCGGCGGGAGUGCACAUUGAGGACCAGGCGGCGGGCACGAAGAAGUGCGGACAUAUGGCCGGGAAGGUGCUUGUUCCCAUUCAGGAGCACAUCAACCGCAUGGUCGCCAUCCGCCUCCAAUUCGACAUCAUGGGCGUCGAGAACCUCGUCAUUGCGCGUACCGACAGCGAAGCCGCCACCCUGCUCUCGACCAACGUUGACGGGCGCGACCAUCCCUUCAUCCUUGGCACGACCAAUGCCGACCUUCGCCCGCUCGUUGUCGUCAUGCAGGAGGCCGAGGCUCAGGGAAAGCAUGGCGCAGAUCUCCAGGCCGUUGAGGAUGCAUGGCUUGGCGCCGCAAACCUCCGCUUGUUCCCGGAUGUGCUCGCGGACGCACUCGCACAACAGGGCGGCGCAUCGGGCGACAAGGUCGCACAGUUCCGCGCCAAGAUCUCGCAUGUCUCCUACCCCGCCGCCAUCGACAUCGCAAAGCGCGACUACGGCUUGAAGAACAUACCCUUCUGGGACUGGGAUGCACCCCGCACGAUGGAGGGCUACUACCGCUACCAGGGUGGCACGCAGUGCGCGAUCAACCGCGCCGUCGCCUUCGCGCCCUACGCCGACCUGCUGUGGAUGGAGACGAAAAAGCCGAUCUACUCGCAGGCGAAGGAGUUCGCCGAGGGUGUGCACGCGGUAUACCCGGAGCAAUGGCUCGCGUACAACUUGAGCCCCAGCUUCAACUGGGAGGCGGCGGGACUUGGGCCGCAGGAGAUGCAGAGCUAUGUGUGGGAUCUCGGCAAGCUCGGGUUCUGUUGGCAGUUCAUCACGCUCGGCGGCCUGCACUCGAACGGUUACAUCUCGGACCUCUUUGCGAAAGCCUUCGCGAAGGAGGGCAUGAAGGCCUAUGUCGAGCUCGUGCAGCGCAGGGAACGCGAGAUUGGUACGGAUAUGCUCACCCACCAAAAGUGGAGUGGCGCGGACUACAUCGACAACCUGAUGAAGACCGUGACGGGUGGUAUCUCCUCGACUGCCGCUAUGGGCAAGGGUGUAACGGAGGCUCAAUUCACGAAGACGAAGAUGUAG